UAGUAGCGUAUAAAUUUUCCAGAAGCCUUUUAUAUUUAUAAAUAUAAAUGGAUAAAAUAAUUUUGGGAAGUCGAAGACAGUGUUCGUAAGCAAGGUUAUUUUGUUAUACCUGUGAAACUGUGUUUUGGAGACUUUAUUUGAAGUCUUCAAAAGAUUUGAAGCUGACCGCGAGCUGGAAAUCUAUAAGCUUAUGUUUUGUCGAUAUUAAAAGUACCCUUGCAAUAAAGUGUAGACAUUUGAUGUAAAUAUAGACGGUGAAGAACAGACUUAAGGGAAUGCAGAGAAACAGUGCGCAUACAAGAACAUAGUUCACGUAGAAAAGACGAGUAAACAUAGAUCAAACUAAAGAUAGUGCCAGAGAAGCAUAUUUCGUGUUGAACAAGUGUUUAUAAAUUUUAAAAGUGAGUAGAGAAGUGUUAAGUGGUGCACAAGUGUAGCAUGUCUUUAAGAUGGCCGCCCGCAAGAAGAGAGCUUCAUCACUUCUCAAGGAUGUAGAGCAACAGCCGAAGUCAGAUUACACUUACAGCGAGUCGCUCACCUACCGUAAACGGGUGACCCCAGACCGGAAGAUUGGGUCCCCGAACAUGUCCCGUCGGGGUCUGAAGAGUGGGAACCAAAGUUACAACAAGUCAGCAGACUUCUCAACACACAGCAUGUCUCUUGAUAGUGACAGUAGUCACUUAAGCCUCAGAACGAGGAAUGUACUACGGCAGAUGGAUGCUCUGUCAGAUACCAGUGAUGAAGAAGUUCAGGAAGAAGUAACACAUCCCAGACAACUAAGGUCAAGCAGAAGUAGAAGUAUUGAUAUGGCUAAGGUCAAUGGUUCACUAAUUACUAGAACUGUCACUUCUUCAUAUACAACUACAAGAACCCUCCACCGUGGCUUGGAUACAGAAAGUGAUGUUGAUGAUGGCACAGAAUCCACAGUACCCUUGCGUGCCACACCACUAACAGCCAGAAGUGGUACUCCUCUUAGCCGUGCUGGCACUCCCAUCCAUAGACCUCAUUCAAAAUCAACGUUGUUAAGAGAUGCUUCUAAAGGAGGUUACACGUUAGCUAAAGGAGCCAUUGCAGAAGAUCUGGAAGAGGAGGAGAGACCUGAAAAUGUAUUAUCAGUUUGGACCAAAAAGACCUGGCAGAGCUUAACUAGAGUCACUACAAUAAUUGUCACAUCUGUUUUUAUGAUGGCUGCCACAGCAGUAGCUGGAGCUACUGCUAAUAAAGUGUGUGAUUUAUCAACUUCAGAAAAAUCCUCAAAAUAUUCUUUUCUAUCAACAAUGAACACCUCUAGGCGGAAGAUUAUGACAGUAUUGACGGAAUACUUUGAAUCAACUAGGAAUUAUUUGAGAAAGAAUCCAGUUCUGCUGUGGAUUCCUCUCUUUCUAUUGUUCCUACUGUUGGCAAUAGUUGGUAAGUGUUCCAUGAAUUAA